AGGGGUGUAACUAUGAUUUUUCCUUGUAAUUGCCAAGGAUCUUAAUAGAAAUUAGUAAGAAAUGAAAAGAUUAUAAAAUAAUACAAAGAGUGUUUGCCAAAAGGUAAAGAAGUUUCUCUAUUCCUUCUUCGUCCUCCUUUGUUCUCUCCUUCUCUUCUUUCCACCGGCAGGCACCGAACCAAAGCAACCAAGGACGACGAAAACUACAUAUAAGAAACCCCUCAAGAGAGAGCCAUAAAGGGAGAUAGAGAAAGGUGAGAGCUUUAUUUAUUGUUUCCAAGAUCACUGUAUCAACGACCAACAAUGCCUGCUUUGAAGAACCUUUCCGCCGCCGAUGAAGAGUACGACCAACUGGGUCGGAACUCAGAAGCUGACAGAUUCAAUCCCGAAGCUGUCGAGACAGAAGGAGAUCCGGAGAAAAUGGAUGACAAUAAGGAAGAAAGUGGAGAUGAAGCAGACGACGUGAAACGUGACCAAGUAGAAGCAGAGGAUGAAGAAGCGUUAGAAGAAGAUUCUAAGGAAAGAAGUCAGCCUUCUUCAGGUCCAGGAGGAGAGCAAUCAGAUUCAGAAUAUAUAGAUGUUGAUCUAGCGGAUAUCCGUAGGGAAGUGCAGUGCCCGAUAUGUUUAGGAAUUAUAAAGAAAACAAGGACUGUCAUGGAAUGCCUCCACCGAUUUUGCCAAGAGUGCAUUGAUAAGUCAAUGAGAUUGGGGAACAAUGAGUGUCCUACUUGCAGGAAACAUUGUGCAAGCCGACGUUCUUUAAGAGAGGACAAACUGUUUGAUGCCUUUAUAGCAACUUUAUUCCCAAAUAUUGAUAAAUUUGAGGAAGAGGAAUUGGCUUUUCAUCAAGAUGACAAGGCUCGUAAUAAGCAGAUUCAAGCAUCAAUAGCUCGAGUAUCGAAGCAACAGUCUUCAGCUUUUUCAAAAAAAAAGUCUUCUGGUAAAGACGCAGCAGUCUUAUCGAGAACCCAACGUAGUGGUAGUAGCUCCAGAAGAAGAAGGAGCUGCAGAAGCAUGGAACAGGAUACAUCAGAACCCCAAGAUGAUGAUGAUCAAAACAACAGAGUCAAAGAUUCUUCUUCAGAUGAGCCUUGUGCCCUGCAGAGAAAACGGAGAAAGCGCUCUACAACUCACCCUUCUUCUUCAGCUGCAUACAACAACGAUAAGUGUGCAGGUAAUGGCACAGAGCAGGCGCAUCAUAAGGACAUCAGAGGAAUAUCACCUGGGCUUGUGUCGAAUGCGGAAAUACUUGCAUGGGGAAGAGGCGGUACAAGAAGUAACACAAGGCAAGGGAAUAAUAACCAAGGAGCUAAUAGUAAGAGAAAUGCUCGCCUGAAUAGACUUGUGGAAUAUCUCGGGAGCUUAGAGGAGGGUAAUAAAGUGGAGUUGGAUAUUCCUCUUAAGCUAAUCUCGCUGGAUGCAAAAGGUUUACCAAACUUACUUCAGCCAUAUCUUCGUUGUCGACCUACUUUGCUAGUGAAACAACUCUGCGAAUAUGUGGCACGCCAGAUGCAAUUGCAGGCUGAAGAGGUUGAACUGUUGGUGUCUAAAGAAGAGGAUAAGGCAAUUGAGAAUAAUACCUCUAUAAAGAAGAUGCAAAGACUUAAAGAUGAUGAAACCCUGGAAAAGCUAAAAGUUGAUUACCUUUCAAACCAUGGAUAUACGGUCGUAGUGUACCGGCCAAAAAAGAAUCGGAUAGAAGAGGUUGGAGCAAGUGAUCCAAACAAUGUACAUGAAUGAAUUAGACUGUUGUGCUCUUGCUUGUUUUCUCAGUCAGUCUUUUUAGCCAUGGUUUCAUAUAUUUUUUUUCCCAGUUUAAGUAAACUUGAGAAUCAGGAAACAUAAAAGACAAUGCUAUGUACUGCUACUGUACUAGUAAAGUACAUAAGAUAUUUGGCUGUUUAUGCUCUA